UUCUACUACCUAGGUGUAGUGAUGUAAUUAUAUAUAUAAUUGUCUAUGCUCCUUGAGCUUGAGCAGCGUGUUCUAUCUUCAUACAUUAUAAAAGAUCGCUGUAUUGUCAGUCUAUUUUUUUUGAUGAAUGUCGUCCUAAAAAUGGCUUCUGCAGAUUCGUAUCGAAUGCGCGGGAUGAAGAUGCUGCGUGGUUGCGGGCGUCGAUAUCGAUUUUAUGGAAGAAGUAGUAGUUGAUCGAUUAAAGAAAUCCUUGCUCGUCGCUGUUUCCUCGUAGAAAAAACAUGAUUUUCAAAAUGACUGCAAUGUAACACAGAAAACUCAACUCCAACUUGUAUCAUAAGCCCACAUCUGUUUAUGUUUUCUUCAUUUUGUCAUGCCCCGCGGUUUUUUUUAUGCAGUCCGCCUCUGCCUGGGAGCCAGUUGCAUUUACGCAACUUUCCUACCAGCAACAAAUCGAGAACGCGAAACGAUGCAACAACCGCAACCAUCGUCGUCGGACGACCAGCUCGAUGAAGCGGCUCGGGCCAAGAAUCUUCAGAUGCUUCGCGCUUACUUAGAAGGUCCAGAUUCUUCUGAUUCUUCUGAAGCCUGGGACGGGAGUGGCAUGGUCAAAUGUAGUUCCGAAGCAGCUACUACGAGUCCAGGUGCGUCUUCGCCGGUGCCGAGGCACGGAGUAAGAAAUAGCCCCCGGCGUCGUCGAUCCCCAUUUGGUGGACAAUACAGUUCUCUCUAUUCCUCCUCGACACUGGAGGACGAAGAAGAUACAAGAGCACGGAACGCUCUUUUGCCAUUCCUUGAACAAGACGAUGGUAGUGCAAGUAGCGCAUCAUCUAGUCGUCCAGCACUUCUUGCUCCUGCUGUUGUAGAGACAGCACGUUCUCCUUCUGUUGUGGAUGAGAGUACCUACAGGUAUUCUCGUCUCAACAACUGUUCCUCGGAUGACGAAGUCGACGUGCCUAUGCCACCGGCAACGACUUUUUGGGCGUCCUCUCGCUUCGACUACAGCGCGAAUGGUUCACUAACUACAGACGAUUAAGGCUGUCCUCGUUGAAUCAUAUCUACAUCUUUGGCUCUUCUCAUUUGCUGCAAUGCAGAGAAUUGUAAUUGUAUUGCGCUAGAAUACAAUUGCUAAAAAGAUGCAGGAGGAGGAGCAGGCCAACGAUGAAUAUCUAUUUGUUCUAUGAAUUUUAGAUUUUAGCCCUAAGAAAAUACUUCCAGCGCCGCGAGACAUUUUCACUUCCCGGAACAGAAUCGUCCGUGCAAACGGCGACGAGUAGACCUCUUGGCUCCCAGUGGAUAUGGGACUACAGCAGUUCCCUGUCCUUUUCGAUCGAGGCCAAACCUUCAUGAUUGGCACCGUGGUUCUCUGGACCUGCGUUUGCCAUCGACAAGAUCGUCUCGGGCACCGAUAGACGGUGAGGAGCUUGGCCGUGGGUGCCGGUGGUGUACGAACGAGGAUACUGGGGCUAGAAGCUCGCUUUUUGUUGCGAUGAGGACAAGAAAUGCAACAACAUUUUCAGGGGCUAGCUCAUCUUCUAGUGCAGCUGCAAUUUCGAGCGAGGAAGGAAGUAGUAGUAGAGUGCGCGAAGAUCACUCUCAGGUUGCUGUUGAAGGUGUGAAUCCGGUAGUCUUAGAAUCGUCAGUGUUGUCACAAGGACCAGGUGCAGCAUGGCGUGGAUUAUUGCGGGAGUUUGGAGGGGACGCCGUGACGACAGGGCUCUCGGAAUCCAUGCUGAUUCCUAGAAGAGAACAAAUUGAACAUAUUGAUGAAGGAAAGAGCAAAACCACUAGCACAGAGGAAGGUAACCACGUGAACGGGGCCGCCGCAUUCACAACCGGUAACGAGGCCGAUACCCUAAUGCAGUCGUCUUCAACAAGCAGCCACAGCCAUGGUAGUCGUGAGGCAACAGCAAGGCCAGGUGCGGUUGAAGACAGAGACCCACGUGCACAUCCAUUGCUUGCAGAAAUGUGGAGUGAGGAGGUGAACCCAAGUUUCGCAGUGGCAGACCCAGAUGAUCCCGACAACGGAAACUACAGCAUUGACGAGAUGCUGCAUCGACCCAACGGAGUAGAUGAAGUAGAGCCUUCGCGGGCGCGAGCGAGCUCCACAUCUCACGCGUGUUCCGACUCCGAGCCGUGCCAUCUCAGGACAGGCGCAUCACCCACCACUGACGAGGACGAUGAGCCUCCCACAAAUGUUGAAGACGAAAUGAUGACGGAUUCCGACCCGGACGAAGUUCUAGAACCUCUGGCAGAAGGAGGCGACAGUGUCAGUACAUGCGAGCCUCUUGAGGACGAACACUAAAAAUAUCCUAGGCCUUUUGAUCUUCAACUUCGUCAAGCUCAAAUAGUAGGAGCGUUUUUCAUUUUGCCAUUGCCACUGCUAGAACCUGACGGACGAGACGGAACCGCCAUCCCGCAGAUAGUGUCGCCUCCUCAAACUUCAUGAUUUGUUGCUUGGCGAGACAUGCUUACUAGAUGAGUACAAGUCGAGGACAUAAUUCAAUUGUUGUAACUAGAACUACACACUCCUUUCUACAACGAACAAAAAUGACCAAAAUUGAAGAUGUACAACUACAGUAUAGCCAGGAUAAGAAGGAUCUCCUCAAAAAGAUACAAAGUCACUUUUUUUGAUUUUUUAAGGCGUUAAAGUAGCUACUUCACUAGGUAGUUUGAAUAGAUAGGUUGGCAGUGGCAGUCUAGUAGGCUGCCGUCUGGGCGGAUGUUGCCAACGGGCUCACGAGUGCAGCACG